AUGUCGAAGAACAAGGAUGCGGAGCCUCUGAAGGCUUCUCAUGAACCAUCGACCGAGAAGAUCGAGGACCUGGCUGACACCGAGCUCACAACCAUACCCAGCAACGCCGAAGGUCAUGUUUCGUAUGGCAAGAGCGGCAUCGCCGGUCUUAUCGAAUCUCCAUAUGUCCUUGGUGCAGCAUUUCUCGCAUCCAUGGGAGGCUUCUCCUUCGGGUAUGACCAGGGUGUCAUUUCGAUUGUCAAUGUCAUGGACCAGUUCCACACUGCCUUUCCGCCGGCAAAGACUGCUUUCGGAAAGGGCUUCAUGACGGGCAUGCUCGAGUUUGGAGCCUUCAUCGGCUGCUUCUUCAUGCCUACUUUGGCAGACAUGAUUUCUCGCAAGCGGGCUUUGACUGUCGUCGUCGUCAUCUUCAACAUCGGAGCUAUCAUGCAGACGGCUGCCCAGUCAUACGGAGUCCUGGUCGCAGGCAGAACCAUCGGAGGCAUCGGCGUGGGUACAUUGGCCAUGGGCGCACCGAUCUACAUCUCUGAGAUCGCACCACCAAACCUCCGCGGCACACUUCUCGUCCUCGAAUCCAUCUCCAUCGUCACCGGCGUCGUGAGCUCCUUCUGGAUCACUUACGGCACGCGACACCUGCCCGGCGAAGCCUCCUUCCGCCUCCCCUUCGGUCUGCAGAUGGUCUGCUCGACGCUGCUGGGCAUCGGCAUCAACUUCUACCCGUACUCUCCGCGCUGGCUCGCCCUCGUCAACCGCCCGCAAGAAGCCCUCCGCAGCCUCGAGCGCCUGCGCCGCCUCCCCGCCACCGACGUGCGCGUGCAGAUGGAGCACAAGGACAUCCUCAGCGAGGUCGAGAUCGAGAAGCUGGUCCAGGAGAAGCGUCAUCCGGGCGCCAAGCGGCUCAAGCUCGAGGUGCUGGGCUGGUUCGACCUGUUCCGCAAGCGGUCGUGGCGCAGGACGGCCGUCGGCGUCGGCGUCGCCUUCUUCCAGCAGUUCUCCGGCAUCAACGCCUUCAUCUACUACGCCCCCACGCUGUUCCAGUCGCUCGGCCAGUCGGACGAGAUGUCCCUGAUCAUGUCCGGCAUCUUCAACAUCCUGCAGCUCGUCGCCGUCGCGGCGUGCUUCGUCGUCAUCGACAAGGUGGGCCGUCGCCCGCUUGCCAUCUUGGGCGGCAUCGGCGGCGGCGUCGCCUGGACGGUCAUGGCCGCGCUCACGGGCGUCUUCUCGAAGGACUGGCUGGCGAACCCGGCGGCGGGCUGGGCUGCGGUGGCCAUGGCGUUCCUGUUCGUCUUGCUCUACGGAGUGUCCUAUUCUCCCCUGGGCUGGUGUCUGCCGGCCGAGGUUUUUCCCAAUGCCUCUCGCUCGAAGGGUGUGGCUCUGUCGACGGCGACGGUGUGGUUGUGUAACUUCAUUGUUGGUGUCGCAACGCCGCCCAUGCUUGAGGAUCUCGGGUUUGGAACUUACGUUUUCUUUGGUGCUUGGUGUUAUGUCGCUGCUAUUUGGGCCUACUUCCUCGUGCCAGAGACGAAGGGCAAGACAUUGGAGCAGAUGGACGAAGUGUUUGGAGAUUAUGCUGCGCAGGAGGAAAAGGAACUCAUGAGGGCGCAUAUGGCACAGCCUAACUAUAGUGUGAAAGCUGAGGUGUAA